GCCGCAUCAUGCGUGACAGCCAAGCGCCAAAGUCAAAAUGCCUCCAGAAAGUCUUUAAAUGUGAAGUCCUUAACGAUGCGAAACAAACUCAAGCGGACCAAGAAAGGUGAGGAUGCUUCGUGGCCAAGGGAAGUCCAGCCGAGACCCCCCGCAGUGAUAACAGUAGAGUUAUCGAGCUGCUCCAGCGAUGAAACACAGUCAGCCUUGUUGACAGAUACACACACGUAUGUAUCAAAUGUGGCUGCGGCAGCCAUCUCUGCCAGAAAAGAUGAACCAUUUCAGGAACAGAGGAGCACUUUUUGCGCAAAAGACCUUAAAAUUGCGCCCAUUUUCUUGCGUGCAACGCAGCACAGCAAGAGUAACCGAAGCAGUGAUGGGAAGCUGGAUCAGCCUGCAGAGAAGCUGCAGAACCAGGUGCUCCCUGCGCAGAGUGAGGGUGUGCAGCAUGCGAGGAGUCAGCAGCGGUUAUCAGCAGUUUCUCAUCUGACACAGAGGUGCAGAGGACAGCUGUCGCCCUCAGCUCUGCACGGCUGUCUGGAGGAAAUCCAAGCAUCCAACCCUGCAUUUCCUGUCCGAGCGGUGUUCAGCACUUUGCAGAAGAAAACACGUCUGCAGGAUCUUGGAUCUACAGAGAACUCCCUGAAUCUGAGCCCCCGACAGAACCACUUGAAAGAGAAGAGGAAACGGGGAAAUGAAAGCUCCGACAGGGUGCCCAAACGUCUGAGGUCUAGCAUCAUUACAGACAGUGCUAAUGGUAUGGGCCACUGUCAUGAAUCAGCUCAGGGUGUCCAGGAAAGUACCGUCCUGAUGGCCGGGAAGCAGCCCAGAAGCAACAAGCUAAGUCGCACUCACAGACUGAGGCAUCAGAGUGGGAGCCCUGCAGGCCUGGUGAACAGCUGUGAUCUGUACUCUGGAUUGAUUCAUCACACAGAAUCUUGCAGCCAGCCAGUGAAAACCUCUGCUAUUCCACCAAGAGAUUCAAGGUUUGAAGGUGUCCUCUGGACAGACAAAUACAGUCCUCAACAUUCAAGUGAAGUGAUUGGCAACUCUGCCUGUGUGAAUAAACUGCAGAGUUGGUUGAAGAAAUGGAAACGAAGAGCAGAGUGUGACGAGAGGAGAAAAAUGGAGGAAAUGAAAGAAGAAAACACCAAUGACUCAUGGGACUGUGGAGACUUCCAGGGCGAGGCUGGGGCAGAGGACGACAGAGAGGAGCUGCUCUGUAACACCAUGCUGAUUACAGGACCUCCAGGGGUGGGCAAGACCGCCUCCGUGUAUGCAUGCUCUCAGGAGCUUGGCUUCAAGGUAUUUGAGGUGAACUGCUCCUCACAGCGCAGUGGCUACCAUGUUCUGUCCCAGCUGAAGGAGGCUACGCAGUCCCACCUAGUGGAGAUGUCAGGGAAGGACCCACUGAAACCAACCUACUUCAACAACUACAGCUCUGCUCCUAAACCUGACACUUUACCUGGAAAAACUGUGCCUCUGAAAAAUGUCACCUCCACCUCGAAAAAGAGAGCAGCACAGAACUGUAGCCGUUCCAGUCGCAAAGGAAGAGCUAAUCCAGCCACAGUCACUUUGGCCAACUACUUUAAGAUGAAGGCCAAAGCAGAUCACUUACACUUUGGUGGCCCGUUGCCAUCUGAAACACCAGACAGCAAGACAUUGUGCAGCCCAUCACCAGGCUGUGAUAAAUCAGUGCCACAGAGCAAAAAGACAGCCACAUCACUCAUUCUGUUUGAAGAGGUUGAUGUCAUAUUUGAUGAUGAUGUUGGUUUCCUCGCUGCCGUCAAGGCUUUCAUGACGACCACUAAAAGGCCCGUCGUUCUGACCACCAAUGAUCCCUCAUUCAGAGAGAGAUUCAACUGCAGCUUGGAGGAAAUCAUUUUCAAAACCCCAUCAGCGGUGAAUGUGUGUAGCUACCUGCAGCUGUUGGCUUUGGCUGAGAAUGUGCGGCUGGAGUUGGACGACGUCAGCGCCCUCCUCAGACUGUCCAGAGGUGACAUCAGACGCUGCCUGCUGCAGCUGCAGCUGUGGUUGCACAGUGGUGGAGGAAGGGCAUCUCAGAGUGGAGGCUUUUCUGAGGGGCCUACACGUAUACAGGACUGGAGUGUUCCUGAAAGAGGAGACGAUGUCAACGGCCAGCUUCCUGACUUUGACACCAGCUGCACUGCGAGCAUGCUGGGUCUCCACCCUGUGACCCAAAACCAACUGCUAACCCUUCUAAAAUGUCAGUUCUGGUCUGAGAUAGACAUGAUCAAGCUCCUGAGGCUCCUAGCUGAGAGCUGGAGAGGAGGCGUGCCUCUUCUGUACUCCAACCUAGAGCUCUUUCUACCCAUCUGGGCUAUGGGAAAGUCAGACCACUUCCCGGACAAGGGGCCUUAUUGCAGGUCGCACAGUGAGCUGGCACCCGCUGAUCUUCACAUCCAGCAGCUGGAUGGAAACGUCACUCCAAAAGCAUCAUUCACCGACAGCAGAUCUGUCAGGAAUAUCUCCAGGCUUAGCAGAAGGAAAUAUAUCCCAGCAGUGUUUGACUCCACAUCAUCUUCCAGUCUAACACAAACUCCGCAAAUAACGUCAUUAUCGUCAAAGAGGGCCGAUUCAAGAGCCCCUAGUCGGAGAGACAAGACUGAACAAAACGCAGCCAAAGUGGCAACCAACUGCUUGGAUGCCUUGGCCGACUUCUUUGACCUCAUGUCAUACCUCGAUGCCACGAUGCCGCAGGCUGCAGCGCCUGAUGCGUUUGUCUGGACGGGAGCUGAGGUAAAGGAUGGCAUGUUGGAUGAGAAGAGUGAGGAGGGGGAGAGCAGGACUUGGAGCCAGGAGAGUCUGUUGGAUAUGCAGGCUGCUGUUGAGGGCCUGGGGUGUCACAGGUGCUUGUGGCGAGCAUCUGAGGCGUGGACUGAAGCCCAAAAGUACAGACAGGAACUGGGAGGUGCAAGCUGGGGGAGGCUGGUGGAGAGACUGAUGUUCCCUGCCUCUUCCAAAAGACAGAGCCUCAGCUUUAGUUUUCAGCCUCUGUGUGCACCAAGCGUGUCCCAAAGGAGGUAUGAGCUGAGCAGAACGGUGCUCUGCAGCAAGUCCUUCAGCCUGCUGGGGAACAGACGAGCUGUUGGUGUCGACUACAUGUCGUUCCUCCGCUGCAUCUGUCGCUUUCAGAGAGAACAGCGACAGAAAGAGGAGCCAGCCAGGUGUCUGAAUUACCUCAGGAGCACACAGCUGGGCCUCUCAAAGUCAACUAUUCAACUCCUGGCAGAAGAUUUCUCAUGAAGACAAGUCUGGAAAAAGACUGUAGAAGCUCACUACCUCACCUAUCUGCAGUCUCUAUUUAUUUUACUGUGCCUCCAUCUAAACACUGUUGAGAGAAUGUAAUGCAGCAGAGAUGAGAAGUCACUUUUUAUUUAUAUAUACAUACA